AAUCGAAAACCCUAGACCGGCUCGGGGUCUUUGCCGACGGAGCCGAGUGGCGGGGAAGAAGAGAUGGUGGACGCUCAAAUGGAGGAAGGAGACAGCAACACCCGAGACAUCGAAGUGGCUCCCGCCUUGAUAGCCGUGCACCCUGCCCAGGGAUCGGUCGCAGUCGCCGUCGGAUCGGACCUCCGCGUCUACGAUCUCAUUGGAGAUUGUCCUGUCUCCUUGGUGGAUGAUUCCGCGAAGCCUUUCCAUUCGGAUUCGAUCAGAGCUAUUCGAUAUGGUGCGAGCGGGAAGCUUUUCGUAUCUGCUGGGGAUGACAAAUUAGUCAAGAUAUGGUCCACGGAUUCUUGGCUCUGCAUCAGCUCAGUGUGCUGUGAGAAGAGAGUAAGUGCUGUUGCAGUAAGCAAUGAUGGCCUAUUUGUGUGUUUUGCUGAUAAAUUUGGAGUUGUUUGGGUUGUGAGUUUAAAGGAGGAUGCUGAAAAUCAGGCUUUGCCUGAUAAAAAAGCAGCACCAAUGCUGGCUCACUAUUGCAGCAUCAUCACUAGCUUGGAAUUUUCUCCAGAUGGACGGUUCAUUGUCAGUGCUGAUCGGGAUUAUAAAAUUCGUGUUACUGUGGUUCCCAAGAAUCCAUUGGAUGGGGCUCAUGAGAUACAAACUUUUUGCCUGGGUCAUUCUGAAUAUGUGUCCUGCCUUGACUUCAUUCAUUCCCCAGAUUAUCCACAUGGGCUUCUUGUUUCAGGAAGCGGUGAUUCCACUGUUCGCCUUUGGGACGUGACAUCGGGUUCUCUCUUGGAUACUUGCGAAAUUGGAGCUAAGGCGGAACUUUCAGCUACUGAUGGAACAGAAGAAGAGCCCUGUCAUGCUGUCACAGAUCUUUGCACUUGUCCAAAUGGUACAUCCAUAGCAUUGGCAGUUCAGAGCUUGAAAGGUGUAAUGCUUUUGAACUGCGAUCUUUCUGCUAAAACUCUUUCUAUAGCCAAGGUGAUACUCAUUGAUGGAGAGACCUUAAUUCCAACAAGCUUGGGGACAAGCUUAUCCGAGGGGUUUUUGUGGAUGGUCACCGGUAUUUCUAAGUUGCGUGGUUUCGACCAUUCCUCUUUGGCUCGAGUGAGGGCCGUGCCUGCUUUAGAGGACAACGGUCGGGAUGUACAGCCGGUUUUCCUGCGCGAUGACGAAAUCCCAGGAGGCGAGCAACUGCUCGAGAGGUUGCAAGGGAGCGUGACGAUAGAUAAUGACGUCUUCCUUGCGGCAGCCGAAGCUUUGAAAACCGCAAUGCGCAGCUUGAUGAUUAAGAAGCAAUACUCGGACGAAAAGCGGGAAUUCAGGAAGAGAACGAGAAAUGAUAGGAAGCUGAAACAUUGAACAAUUUUGACUAGUGAUAGUUCCUUUCUCAUUUUUACCAGUUUUUCCUUUUCUUUUCUUUUGUAAGAUUUAUAAGCAACGAGCCUGCAAUUUCCUUGUACGCGUGGCUGCAUAGUUGUUGCAGUUGUAUUAAUCAAAUGAAAAAUUGGUUCUUUAUAGAA